UACUGAACUGAAAUGGAACAGCAGGGAGUUCAAGUGGACCGAGAAACCUUCUCCUGUUCGAUCUGUCUGGAUCUACUGAAGGAUCCAGUGACUAUUCCCUGUGGACACAGUUACUGUAUGAACUGUAUUAAAACACACUGGAAUCAAGAGGCUCAGAAAGGAAUCCACAGCUGUCCUCAGUGCAGGAAAACCUUUAUGCCGAGGCCUGGUUUGGAGAAGAACACGAUGUUAGCAACUGUAGUGGAGCAGCUGAAGACUGGACUCUAUUCUCCUCCUGAAGCUGGACCUGAAGAUCUGGCCUGUGAUUUCUGCACUGGCAGAAAACUGAAAGCCAUCAAGUUCUGUUUAGGUCACGACACAGUCUCAGCUGCAGCAGAAAGGACUGAGAGGCAGAGAGAGCUGGAGGUGAGACGAGAAGAAAUCCAGCAGAGAAUCCAGGACAGAGAGAAAGAUGUGAAGCUGCUUCAACAGGAGGUGGAGGCCAUCAAUCACUCUGCUGAUAAAACAGUGGAGGACAGUGAGAAGAUCUUCACUGAGCUGAUCCGUCUCAUCCAGAAAAGAAGCUCUGAUGUGAAGCAGCAGAUCAGAUCCCAGCAGGAAACUGAAGUGAGUCGAGUCAAAGAGCUUCAGGAGAAGCUGGAGCAGGAGAUCACUGAGCUGAAGAGGAAAGACGCUGAGCUGAAGCAGCUCUCAAACACAGAGGAUCACAACCAGUUUCUCCACAACUACCCCUCACUGUCAGCACUCAGUGAGUCUACACACUCAUCCAGCAUCAAUAUCCGUCCUCUGAGAUACUUUGAGGAUGUGACAGCAGCUGUGUCAGAGCUCAGAGAUAAACUACAGGACAUCCUGAGAGACACAUGGACAAACAUCUCACCAUCAGCAGCUGAUGGCGAUCUGAAGACAGAUCAAGAGCCAAAGAGCAGAACGGACUAUUUAAGAUAUUCAUGUCCAAUCACACUAGAUCCAAACACAGCACACACACAGCUGAUAUUGUCAGAGGAGAACAGGAAGGUGACGCUUAUCAGUCAACAUCAGUCUUAUUCUAGUCAUCCAGACAGAUUCACUGGUUGUUGUCAGGUUCUCAGUAGAGAGAGUUUAACUGGACGUUGUUACUGGGAGGUGGAGUGGAGAGGGAGAGGGGGGUUUGUAGCUGUUUCAUACAAGAACAUCAGCAGAACAGGGGCUAGGUCUGAAUGUGCAUUCGGACAUAAUGACAAAUCUUGGGCGUUGGAUUGCUACCAAAACAGAUACACAUUUUUUCACAAGAAAAUUAAAACCUCCAUCUCAGGUCCUGGUUCCUCCAGAGUAGGAGUGUACCUGGAUCACAGAGCAGGUCUUCUGUCCUUCUACAGCGUCUCUGAAACCAUGACUCUCCUCCACAGAGUCCAGACCACAUUCACUCAGCCGCUACAUGCUGGAGUUUGGGUUUACUACACCAAAGUUACUGCAGAGUUCUGUAAACUCAGGUAGACUGGAUAUUAUUGGCUAUGCUUUGAGUUCAUUUUUACGCCUGUUUUUUGCUGUUGUUUUUAUGCAUUUGAUUGUUUUAAGGAGUACUGGUGUCUUCUAUUUGUCUUACACACCUAAUGUUUUGGUUAUCCAAAAUUUUGAACAAAUUACACUAACCUGCUUUGAAAUACCAAGAAAAGGUUCUUCUGAUAUAAAAGAUGGUGAUUAUUACAUAAAUAUCUCUGUGUGGGGUUGAAUGAGUUUACAUUCCCUAAAUAAAAAAAACCCUGAAAAAUAAGUGCAGUUUCCUUCAGAAUUUUCCAGUGAUGACUUUUCCCUAUUUUGCUUUGUAUAAUGUCAAAGAUUAUGGUUCUUGGUUUGUAAAUAAGGAUAUAUUGUUGUUUAUUAAUACAAAAAUGAAAUAAACCUUAAAUUUACUGCUU